CCCUGGUCACAACUUGUGUGCCUUUUAUAUUCCAGGAAACCUGUCGGGAACCGAGCCAACUAUAUUAACUCCUUCCCUCCAAGCUCUUCCCUUUUCUUGGGAACUGUAUAUUCUCAGUUCAAUAACCACUUUUUUUUCUUCUUCUUUAAUCUUUAUCGGAAAUUUAAAAAGAAACAAGUUUGUUUUGUUGUGUUUUGUUUUGUUAGUAUUUUUGUACUCUUUUAGUUUGUCUCAACAGCAAGAAUAUUUUAGUUUGUUUCAAUAGCAAGAAAAAUGUGGGAGUUUGGAAAACCAAACUAGCCACGAAGCCCAAAGUAGAAGUCCUGUGAUUCUGUGUAGGAUGUCGUUUUAUGUAAUUCCAUUUUUGUAACUAUUUCUUAUGUGGGUAUAUACGAUUUUCUUCUUGUGAAAAUGUGUUGAAGUAGAAAUUGUUGUUGUUUUAUUGAGUUUUUGGGGGGUUUUUGUUUAAAGGGAUUUGUGGGUUUCGAGGUUUGUUGGGUUGGUAUUUAGCAUUUGGAUGAUUUAGGUUGGUGUUCUGGUUCUGGGUCUUGGAUUUUGAUGCUUUAAUAAUGGCUGACCGGUCCAACGUUCGGUUAGUUCGUUGCCCCAAGUGUGAAAACCUGCUACAAGAGUUCCCUGACUUCUCUGUUUACCAGUGUGGUGGUUGUGGUACUGUUCUUCGAGCUAAGAAGAAGGCUCCUGGGAAUGAUGGGUUUUUGUUUACAUCUGAUGAGAAGAAGGGUAAAGGGAGUUCAGAGAAAUUGGAGAGUUUGUCAGAGAAAGAGGAUGGUAGUUUAGGCAUUGCUUCUAAUACUGAGAGGGGGAGUGAUGGGAUUGAAGUGAAUAGGAGGAAAGAGAGAAUAUUUGGAGAAAGAACUGUUAAUUUGAUUGGUAAUUCUUUGUCAAAAGUAGAGAAUAAACAAGUUUUGCUUGAUAAUGAUAGAAAUUUUAGGGAAGAGGUUAAGGGCUUAAGGGUUGAACAGGGUGGCACAGAGAAAGAAACUAGAUAUUUUGAUAGAUAUAUGGGACUGUCUGAACGCCCUGUGGACAAUUGGGUUCGUGGAGAUAAGCAUGAUGUGAAAAUGAACAGGCCUGAGUUUGUUAAUUUGAGUACCAGAGAAAAUUUGGCCCAGUUUAGGAGUUCAGCUGGGUCUUCGAGAUCGAGGGCAAAUAUGGAGCAGUGGGGUGUGGAAAGAGAUGAGUUUGGGGGAUUUUACAGAAGCUCCAGGGCGGUUGUUGAUCAAAAGGGAUAUCCAGCUUUUGCUUAUCCUGAUGAGGGACCCUCAAACUAUAAGCCAGAAUCAUAUUAUGGCUAUGGAGAGCCUAUAAAGCAUGGUGAUGAAUCGGAUGAGUCUAACAGAGUUGUACAUCUAGAACAGAAUCGAGCUGAACUCCUUAGGAAGCUGGAGGAGUUGAAGGAUCAACUUAGCAGAUCUUGUGAUGUGGAAGAUAAUCCAAGGGCUCCUGUUGAUAGGACUCAGCCUGAUCCUUAUGGUGGCCAGGAUGUUUAUAACGUUUCAAUGCAGCCUUCUGCUCUGGAUAAGCAUGGCCUACGGCCGCCUUACUUCAAUCAUACAAAUGGAACUGUUCCUUUUAGGAAUCACCAUAAUAUGGAUUCACUGAAUUGCUAUCCUCCAAGGCAUGUCAUGAAUGAGUUUCCUGCAUAUGAGGAUCCAUAUCAGCCACAAAUGACAAGGAGGCCUCUCCAUCAACCUCCCGGUCAAUACUUACAACGACCACCUUAUGAAUACUUUCCAGGGCAGUACAUGGGAUUCAAUCAAGAUCCCUUUGCAUCAUCGUAUCGACCUGAAACUUUUUUCCACCGGCCAUCAUGCUCUUGUUAUCACUGCCUCAACCAGAAUUGGCACCUUCCUCCACGAGUUCCUCCGACCGUGUAUAACACUAGAAGGAUUCAGAAGGACCAUAUCAAUUCCAAUUUCCACUGCCAUGACAAUAUUGGGCCACAAAGUUAUAAUCCUCAAGUUGCCAAUCCUCACUCGUGGAAUCCGCAGAUGCAUACAAGAUGGGCAAGUGACAUUGACUCAGACGUGGAUGGUCUUGGUCAGAGUGGUCCAAGAAGGGUGGUGGCAGCCCAUGGGGAUGGAUGGCAUUGCCAUCCUCUAGCAGGUGGUGCCCCAUUCAUAACUUGCCAUAAUUGCUUUGAGUUGUUAAAACUUCCUAGAAAACUUAAAAAGAUGGAGAAGAAUCAGCAGAAAAUGCAAUGUGGUGCCUGUUCAACCAUAAUAUUGUUUGAGAUUGUAAAUAAGAAACUAAGUGUGCCUGUUCCCGAAGAAACCAAGCAAAUAUCUACUGAGGCUGAUGAAGCUUCUAAAGAGGUAUUAAAAGAAAGCAAUCCAAGUUCUCAAGGUUGUUUGAAUGCUGGCAACAUAAACUCCUCUGAAGAUUUUGAUAAUUCUAGUUAUAUCUUCGAUUUGGCAGAUAAUAGGCACUAUGUGCAAUCAGAAGACCCAAGGUUGAACUUUAGCGAAUCUGAGAAAAGACAUGGCCUUACUUCAUCUUCUGAGGAGAGCCUGGGUACAUCGAUUGUCCAGGGAGAUAUUUCUCACUCUGCUGAGCAGCCCUUAAGAGAUGACUUGUCUCCUACACUUCCAGGUUCACCGUUCCUGGACCGUUCUUAUUUUUCUGAUGAUCAUGCAGUGGGCAAAUAUGGGCAGGGAAACAAUAGCAAACGUGUGGACCAAGACAAGGUGGUCCUUAGUAGGAUCACUUCUCGACAAAAUUCUGUUAAAGAUAUGUCUGUGGCAACCGAGAUGGAGGUGUCAUUCAAUGAUUUUCAUCAUACAAGUUUAUCUCAAGACUCUGUGGAGCUAAGUAAGGAAAAAGAUCAACAUAAGCUGAACAGGAAUACUGAAUCAUUCUUCAUUGGUCUUAUCAAGAAGAGCUUUAGGUCCACUCAAAGUCUGGAAAAUGAAAGACCUAAUGUUUUUGUUAAUGGGCAACCAAUACCAGACCGUGUGGUUAAAAAGGCCGAAAAGUCAGCUGGGUCAAUUCAGCCAGGAGAUUAUUGGUAUGAUUUUCAAGCUGGAUUCUGGGGUGUGAUGGGCCACCCUUGCCUUGGCAUAAUACCUCCAUUUAUUGAAGAAUUCAACUAUCCCAUUCCAACAAAUUGUUCUUGUGGAAACACAAGUGUCUAUGUUAAUGGGAGAGAGCUUCAUCAGAAAGAUCUGGACUUGCUUGCCAGCAGAGGACUACCAACUGCAAGAGAUAAAUUUUAUAUUAUUGAGAUUUCUGGGAGAGUUGUAGAUGAGGACUCUGGCAAAGAAAUAGAUGGCUUGGGCAAACUUGCUCCAACUGUCGAGAAGGCAAAACGUGGAUUUGGCAUGAAAGUUCCAGCAAGGUUUAUAUGAAUUGUAUUUUUUUGGAUUUGAUGACCUUGUUGAGUUGUGGGUGCUUCAGUGUUCUUUUAAUGAAAUUGAUGUGGCAAUUGCAGUAUUGGGGUGUGUAUUUAAUAUUUAUUAGCUUGGGUGCUGUGUUCCAAUGUAGAUGCAAGGCCAAAGUCCUUGUAACAUAUGUGCUCGAUCGUUCAUUCAUAUAGAUCUCUUUGUGGGCAAGCUGAUUAGACCAUGCAAUUUGUCAAGUAAUGGUAUAUUGAGCUAAUGUAGCUGAUCCAUUGUUGAACAUUCAGCAAAAGGUGUCAGAUUUUUCAUGUCAA